ACAUAGCUAUGUGACGCGUUCGUUUUCGUGUGAUGUAGUGAGUGUGUUGAACAUACCAGAUGCCUUUUGGAUAUAGCAUUUUCUCAGGGAGGAUGCAAACUAAGAAUGUGAACAUCGCGCCGCUGAACAAUUGCAUCCAGGAUACAACCACUAAUGCCGAGCUCCAGACGGUGGCGCCGCCAUUGCCGCCGCGGACAUCAGCGCAAACUCCAGUACGCCAACUGUCGGCCGAGGUGGAGGGCUAUGGACCAUACAAGCCAGUGCCCCCACCCAAGCCACUGACUGCUGGCCCCGCUGCAUCUCCCCCGCCAUAUAGGAUGCCCCCGUACCCCCUGUACAGCGAGCCGUCCAUCCCUGGGUCUGCUGGUGGUGAUCCUACCCACUCCAACCUGCACACACACUCCAGCAAGUUUCCGAUUGAGCGAGAGGUUAUUCUCAGCAGCACAGACAAGAACUCCAAGAUCCCUAUACUGAACGAGUACCGCAAGAGGCCCAAGGGAGCAAUUGCACCUGACGCUCCUCAUAUACAACUUGCCUGGACGGAGGACCGCAGGGACAUGGACCAGAUUCACUCUCACCCUCAAGAUAAUGUCGGAGCUCAUCAACUUUACAAGGCCCAACCCAUGACAUUACUUGACUCUAGUCGUGUUUCAGAACCUUCUCCUAUAAAUGGCUUCCACAGUGGCCAAGGUAGUUCCACAGGGGCAGUGCCUCGCACCCCUGCAGCACACUCCACGCCUGAGGGGGAGGGUAACUCCAAGCCCUUCCCCUCCCGAACAUACCAUACCAUCAAGGACAUCAUCAGCAGCAAAUUCAACAAACGCAAUGACAAAGUUGAGGAACUCAGCCCUCAGAGUCAGUUAAGACAACACGGGGUGUAUCUGGGCACCCCUAGCAACUCUGGUCCCACUCAACCUCCUCCUAGCAGUGCUGAGAUCAUGCGACGAAACCAGGAGAUACAAAGACAAAUCAAAGAAAUGAAGGAGGCACAGGAUGAUGGUGGCUUUCAGGAGGUGAUGGGACGUAACUACAACACGGCAGGCAGCAGUGGAGGCCCUCGCCACUCCAUGAUCGAGAUGGAGACUCCUCGCAGACCACCCCAGUCUCAUACUGAGCCUAGUCCUCAUCACCAGAGGUCGGCUGCCAGUGGGAGUGGCAGUGUGAUGAGGCCAGGAGACGUGUAUGGACGACAUUACCCUGACACCGGAGGAUAUGGUGUUCCUGGCACCCGACGCAGCGUCUCUGAGGCAGAGAGUGCGAGGAAGGUAGAGGCCGCAAGGAGAGAAGAAAGGUACUACUUCCAGCAACAAAACCAACCAAGGCACACAGAUCCUAGAGCUAGCAAAGAAAUGGAGAGCAUGGGGGUUUACGUGUCUCGGAACCCAGGAGACCGUACAUCCAAAACACCAGAAUCAAGGACUCCAGACUUCAGCCGGAAAACUGAACGGGAUUCUAGGACACCGGAUUUCCACAGGAAGAGCGAACUACUUUCAAGGACGCCUGAUCUGGAGAGACGGAUAGAAAGUGAAAACCGAGUGUUGCGUUCUCAGUCUGUGGAAAGGUUGGACAGUCGUGAUGUGAACGGAGAUUGUCGGAUAGAGAUGGACAGGGAGAAGGAGAGAGACAGGGAGAAAGAGGAGGAAGAUGAUGAAGAGGGGGGAUUUAAGGGAGGGGCAGGGGGACAAUCAGACUCUGGGAGGGGAAGUACAGUGUACAGCAGCGGAAAAGCAAAGACGGAGAGAAACAUUGAUACCAGCCCGGAGCCAAACACAGUCACAGGCCCCGGAGACGCAGGUUGGGUAGACAUGGUGGAGUCUGAACUCCGUCACAUCCUGGACCCCAAGCUGCAUCUCAACAUUGCCAACUCUACAAUGAGUGAGAGCAUCUCCUCUAUGACUCCUCCUCUACCUCCGCUCUCACCUGGGGGCUCGUCGUCGCCAUCACCCUCCCCGGACUACAAACAUAAGAGCCUGCCGUACAACAGCAAGCCAGAGUUCAGUGUGAAGCCUAGAGGUGGCCAGAACAGUCGGGCUGUGUGGAGUGCCAGGGUAGGAGCUAAAGACAAGUCUUCACAUCACCGUCUGCCUCCCAAAACAUCAUCUAAGCUGCCUUCAGCCCUGCUGUGUAGCAGCCUUGAGCUGGACUCUAUGUUGGAUGAAGAGAACAACUCUAGUGAUGAAGACACAACCAUAGACACUACAGACACAAGGGCCAUUAGGAAACAACUGGAGGGACUGGAGAACAUGUACUCUGAGGUUUUGAAGCUACUAGGAGUCAAAAAGCAGGCUGGAGGGAGGGGCUACCAACCCUCUGACCCUCGGGUACACAAGCGACGACUGUACGGCAGUCUCAGCUCUCUACCAUCGUCUGUCAGCUCUCGGCCAAUCAGGGACAAGCGCCGCCACGACCAAGAGCGCAAGAAGGUCAAGGAUAUCAAGGGUAUCAACAAGAGGUUCCAAAGGCUGGAGUCUCAUGUGGUGACGUUGGCUCGUAGUGUGGCUCAUCUCUCAUCCGAGAUGAGAACACAACAUCUCAUGAUACAGGAGAUGGAGGUGAUUCGAGGUGAGUUGGCUGCACUGAGGACACAGAGCAACAUGGCCACCGCACGGUCGCACUCAAUGCCUCGUGCUCUCAACCGCAUCAGCGUAGAACAGUCUAACAGCAACCCCGAGCGAGUCAAGAAACUCACAAAGUUUUUUGGUGAUGAACCUCCGCUUCUGCGACUCUUCCUCAAGAAGUUAGGGUAUGAGAAGUACGCCGCGGUGUUUGAAAACGAAAGAAUCGGACUAGUGGAGCUGCCGUACCUGACUGAAGAAAGACUUCACAAGCUGGGUAUUCCGCUGGGACCAAGGCUGAGAAUCAUGCAAGAAGCACAACUGGGCUUCCCUGUUCCUGACAAUACUUUGUGUAUCGUGUAGUACCUGAGAGUAAAACAGUAUUUUUGUUGACAUUAUUCGGCAAGGACAAACAGUAUAUAACAUAAUUCCAAGGUGUACCAACCAACCAAUCACAAGAACAUUUUAUAUACAUUAUGCUAAAUAUGAUUGCAGCGUGCGAGUAGAGUUAUAUGACCCAUGUAGCUUUAUUACUGACGGAUCAGCUGAUUUUUGGCCAGCUGAUUUUUGUUAGACCAUAGAUAAAUCAUACUCCCUUAGUAGAUUUGUCAUCCAUAUGGAACAGCUGAAGCCAAUUUUAUUGUUUGUUCUGUACGUCCAACUGUAGAGGUUAUGUUUUGUUUACAAUUUGUUUCUUGUUAUUUCAGUAAUUUAAAACCUCAUUUAAUCAUAUAAAACGAUUUAAUCAUAAAGAAUAACUGGUCCCCUAGUUAUAUAACCAAAUAGUAAAGCACAAAUCAUGAAAAUAACCCUAAAAUAAUAGAAACAAAAUGUGGUCUACCCCAGCAAUCAGUGUGGACGUACAUGAACUAGACAUGAAAAACAAGCUUCAAAAUUUACAAUGGGAUGAGGAGUCUACUUGUGUUGCUUAGUCUAUGGUUAGACUUUGUAAUCAUGCUAGCUCAACUACGGCUGUAAUGUGUACAUCAGUCCUGUCAAAAUUGAAUCAGCUCUCCUCUUGUAAUAUGGAGUUCUAAGCACAAGUCCAAGUGUUUGUAGCCAAAUAUUAAGUGUGAGUGUAAGCAUUAUAUUUUUUUGGAGUAGUUUUCUCUAUAUGCCAAAUUCCAUAAAUUAAGUCGUACUUUCUGUUAUUCAAUGAAAACAUUAUCAUUUGUUCUUUUAGAUAAGUUUUCUUUCUUCUAAAAUUCGAUUGAUUAAAUUAAUUAUUGAAAAAAAUCAAGUUAAAAAAAAAAUUAUAAUAGGCUAUUUAUGUUAAUAUUAUCUAAAUUUAUUUGUAUAUUUCUAUUGUUUAUUAAUACCAUGGGACCAAAGAUUUCAUGUAUUACACAGUUUUGCAUUAAGUGUAGCUCUAAAUGUAAAUAGUUAGUUCAGUGUAAAUAGAUAAUUCAGUGGCAUUCAAUAAGAAGUGUUUAUAAACUAAUAUAUGUCAAGUCUUCUAAGCUGUAAAUAUUCUACUAUGGUCGGUCAUGUAAAUAGAGAUAUAUUAGAAAUAGUUUGUUAAAUAGUUGUACGUAUAUUGAAAACUGAUUAUUUAAGUGCCAAUAAAAUCAAUGUGCUGGCCAAAUAACUUUUUUUGUAUGAAACUCACAAGAAAUAUAUUUUGUGCAAU